CUACUUUACCACCUCCGCGUCUAGGGUUUGUGCUGCUCUCGGAGGCUCGAAACUUUGCUCUCUCCUUUUCUCUCCUCUCUUUUUUGAAUUUAUAGAGAGAGAGAGAGAGAGAGAGGAGGGGCUGUGAAUUGCAGGGACAGAAUGGGGGCGAUAGAAGGUUCAAAUUGCUACGUCGGAAUCGCCCGAAAGUCCGCCGCUUUCCGCCUCAUGAAACAAAUGGGGUGGGAAGAAGGCGAAGGGCUCGGCAAAGACAAACAAGGGAUCAAAGGCUACGUCAGGGUUAAAAACAAAAAGGACACUACAGGUAUCGGUGUAGAUGAGGCCAAAAAUAAUUGGGCAUUUGAUACAGCGCAGUUUGACAGCAUCCUUAAGAAAUUAAAAGUGAAAGCAGCAGAAAUCAAUGGUGAAGCUGUAGAAAAGGAUGACAUUCAAGAAGACACAAUUAAUCUAGGUGCAGAAUCUAAUACAUCUAAAGAAAGUAUGAAUACGGUAGUCAAGGCUACUCGACCCCAGGGAAGGUACAAGAAAAGAGAGAGGGGGAAAUUUGUCCAUGCAUAUUCUUCUCAGGAUCUUGAAGGAAUACUUGUCAAGAAGAAUGAGGAAUGCGGCCAGAAGAACUCUGAACCGGACAACAUAUUGGAGUUGGUGGAAGAACCUUCAAAUCAUGUUUCUGAUGUUGAAGGAGAUGAAGGUAAAUAUGUUUCACCAGAAUGGUGGGGCCAUAAAUUUGUUUCAGGAGGUUUUCUUGGAGCAGAAUCCAGGAGAAAGAAAUCCCUACCAACCACAAAGAGGGCUGCUUUCCAUGAAGAAGAUCAAGAAAAUCUUUACAAAUUGGUCCAAAAUAAAGCCACAUCUGGAAAACAAGGACUAGGCAUCAAGGACCGCCCAAAGAAAAUAGCUGGUUGCCAUUUUCAAGGGAGGAAGACAACAUUUGAUGACAGUACAGAUGAGGAUUCUUCUUAUUCUCGUCCUGCAGGAAAACGAAAAUAUUGUGACAUUUCGAAAAUGGCAAACAAAGAUGAACCGAAGGUUAAGCUAAAAAAGCUUUGCAAGAAGCUCCUGCAGCAGGCACCUGGUGAGUCGUUAAAGCUUAAGCAGCUUAAAGUUCUUAUUGAUGAACACACUCCCGUUUUUUCCAGUUUCUCCUCCAAAAAAGAUGCUCUUGCAUUCUUGAAAAGCAAGCUAGAAGGCAGUGACAAAUUUUCUAUAGAGGGAAAGAGAGUGAGCCUUUCAUCCAAGAAAAGGAAUUAAAGUUUUGGUAGGAACCUAGAUCCUGUAACGGUCUGUACAUCAAAGCUGAGACUAGUUAAAUUCAGCCUUAUUUAUUUACGAUUGGGUUUCCAUAAGGAGGUGGGAGGCAUUUGUUUGAUUAGCUAUCAACAGUGUUGGGAGGGCGGGCCUCAAUAGCAAUAGUAAGGUGGUUUUUUUGCAAUUGAAGGUCACAGAUCCAGCUCGUGAAAAUUUUUAAAGAUUGCUUACAGAAUAAGGAGUCUCGUACACUCAAGUCGAAUUAUCAACAAGUAUUGCAAGCAAUCAUUCUUCCUUUUUUUUUUUUUUUUGGCGUACUAUCAUGUAAUAGGAUGGGAUGAAUGAGCUGCUAGAAGAGGUUGUAAGUUCAAUUUGUCUUGAAAUUUUCCGAGCGAGAAGUUUCUCUGUUCUAUCUUUCCCUAGAGACUCACUAUUGGUACAUGUGUCCCUUGGCGCGUCAUGUAAGCGUGCAUAU